AUGGUGUGACUUUAUGUCGCAAAAAUGGGUAAGCAUAGGCAAAUUUAUGAUAAAAAUGUAAUAAAAAUGAGUUAUUUUUUAAUUUUGAUUUUUAAAAAUGAGCUAGACAUUGCCAUUAAUUUUUGAUAUGCACUGCUAGAGCAUAGAGGCAAAUCCACAAUUAUAGUAAGACGAAAAUGCACCUCAAUCAAGAUGCUUGAUUAUUAA